CAUUAGAGAUAAAGGUAAAGAUAAAGGACAACACCCAAUUCUCCAAACCUUUCAAUCUAAUAUGAGGAUUAUUGAGCAAGUGAAUUGAGGUGGUUUUCUGACAAUUCAUACAGACUACAGAGGACAAAGAACAGGAAUAGAAAGUUUUCUAUACUCAAUUUUGAAACCUGCACACCUUAUUUGGAAUUUGGAACCUAAAGGCUUGGUCUCUUAUUAGGUAGUCUGUGCUCUCUUCUCACUUAACUCUUGAGUCUUCACCAAAACACAGCACAAAUAAUGGGUUUGUUUUGUUUGUGGUGUAAUCCAAGGCCAAGGGAAACAAAACAACCUUCAACCACCCUACAAGAACUUUGUCAUCAAUUUUCUUUUGCUGAGAUACAAUCAGCAACAUGUAACUUCAAUGAGUCUUUGGUAAUUGCACAAGGUGAAAUUAGCAAUGUUUACAAAGGUUUUAUAAAGAAAAGUUCUACCCAAGUUGCCAUCAAACGCUGCAAUAAGGAAUAUAUUAAUAGUCUCUUAGAGUUUAAGCAUGAGGCUGUUUUGCUUUGUCAGCUUCACCAUCCUAAUCUGAUUCCUCUAGUUGGAUUUUGCAUCGAAAGGAAUGAGCUCAUUCUUGUGUAUGAGUACAUGUCCAAUGGCUCCCUUUAUGAUCACAUUCAUGGUAGAAACUUUAAUCCACUUUCAUGGAAGAGGAGGCUUCAAAUUUGCAUUGGGGUGGCGCGUUCACUGCACUAUCUUCAUACUGGAGCCAAAUAUGUUAUCAUUCACCGCGAUGUUAAGACAAGUAACAUUCUUUUGGAUAGUAGUAUGGAGCCUAAAGUUUCCGGUUUAACAUUUUCCAAAAGGGGAUCUCUUAGUAUCUCAAAGACAUUGACAAGGGUGGAGUCCAGGUUGAUAGGAACAUGGGGAUAUGCUGAUCCAGAAUAUCUGGCAACUGGUUUUUUGACUGAAAAAUCAGAUACAUAUUCAUUUGGAGUAGUUUUGUUAGAAGUUUUGAGUGAAAAGCUGGCACAAGACAUUCACAAGGAACACUUGGAAAACUGCAAUCAAUCACUCAAGUCAUAUGCAGAGGAAAUUGUUGAUCCUUUUCUUAAGUCAAAGAUUGCUCCAGAUUGUUGGAAAACAUUUCUUGACAUCACUGAGAGAUGUUUGCUCAAAGAGGGAAGGGAGAGGCCAGACAUGGGGGAAGUGGAACUCCAACUUGAACAUGCACUAAAAUCUCAAGAGGAAGCUGAUGCCAAGAUUUGAUAACUAAAGUUUUCUGAUGAUAGAAUAUGAUCUAACAAUAACUAGGAUGCAUUUCACGUUGGGUUUCAAAUGAACUGAAUAUGUAAUUUGAUUGUAAUUUGUAAUUCAAUUCAUACUAAGUUUAUAAAUCCAUAAAAUUUCUAAGGUUCAAAAAGUUAUUCCAUUCCACAAGCAAGCCAAAUACAUAGAAGAUACUCGAUUAGUCAAUCACUAAUGAGUCGUGUGUUGCAAAAGUCAAAAAGGGAAGGAAGAAAUUUCUCUUCUCUUUCUGUGGAGCUCUAAGGAAAUUAAAGUUGAUAGUUGUAGGAGGUUGAAUAAAUAUGUUGGAUGAAGUUGCAUUUAAUGCAACACGAUAACUAUUUAGGGGAUAUUGGUAU